AUGACUUUUGAUAGAGUGAAGGAGCACCUUCGACUUAUUCUGGUCGGCCUUCAGGGAGUUGGGAAAAGUGCAGCAGGAAACACCAUUCUGGGCCAAGAAGAGUUUCACUCAGACCUCAGCGCCACUUCUCUCACAUCCACAAGUGAACGGAGGGAUGCUGUUGUCUGUGGGAGGAAAGUGACUGUUGUAGACACUCCUGGCUUAUUAAACUGUGAUGCUUCUAAUACAGAUGUAGAGCUGGAGAGAGCCUUGACCCUGUGUGAACCCGGACCACACGCUUUUCUCCUCGUUAUUCAGUUGGGCCGCUUCACUGAGCAAGAAAGACAUGUGAUGGACAUACUCCAGAAUAUGUUGUGCUCAAAUGUCAGUUUAUUCACAAUAGUACUUUUUACAUAUGGAGACAAACUUAAGAAUAAAAGUGCAGACCAGAUUGUAGGGGAGGAUAAAAACCUGCAGAAACUCAUCCAAAAAUGUGGAUCACAGUAUCAUGUGUUUAAUAAUAAUGACAGAGAAAACACAAAUCAGGUUAGGGAGCUCAUUGAGAAAGUGGAAAGUCAGUUGGGGAAGAGAAACAAAAAAUAUUAUGUUAGGAAAAACAAGGAGCAGGGAAAGUCCUGGAAUAGAUGGCACUUCUACUUUGCUGCUGCUGCGACUGCGACUGCUGCUGCUGCUGCAGCUCUGUUUAUGCAUGCAGCAUUUGCCAAGACACAAACACAGAGUCAAAUCCCAGAGUGUUUUCCAAGUGCCCCAUCUGAUGAGAUAAUAAAGGUGGAAGCAGAUGAGACUCAAAUGCCAGAGCAGCGGGAUCCAUGUGAAGAGCUCAGGAUUAUUCUCUUGGGAAAGACUGGAGUUGGAAAAAGUGCUGCUGGAAACACAAUUCUUGGUGAAAAGUUUUUUAAAGUGAAUUUGUCAUCAUCGUCUGUGACAAAGGUUUGCUGGAAAGCUACAAAGAAUGUUAACCGCACAAAGGUUGCUGUUAUUGACACACCAGGACUGUUUGACCCCAGCUUUACCAUCGAGGAGAUGGUCAGCAGAAUUAAGCUGUGUAUUCCCCUUUCUACUCCCGGUCCACACAUCUUCUUGCUGGUGCUUCAGCCUGGUCGGUUCACAAAAGAGGACAGAGACACAGUGGACAUCUUUCUCAAAAUCUUUGGAGAAGAUGCAAAUAAGCAUGCCAUGAUUUUGUUUACACAUGGAGACAAGUUUGAGGGAAGAAAUAUCCAAGAGUUUGUUGCUGACAAUCCUGAUUUGAAGAUACUCUUCAAGAAAUGCCAGAAGCGAUAUCAUGUUUUUAAUAAUGAGUCCAAAGAUACCAUGCAGGUUGAUCAACUUUUUGAAAAAAUGUACAAGAUCAUUUCUGAGAAUGGGGGAUGUUUUUAUACCAGUGAAAUGCUAGAGAAGGCAGAGAUUGCAAUUCAAGAGGGAAAACAGCUAAUUUUAAUGGAAAAUGAAGAGCAGAGAAGCAGAGAACUGGAGGAUCUGAAAAUCAGAUAUGAAGCAGAGGCUCUCGAACAGGCCAUAACAGAGCUGUGGGAAAGAAAAGAGAAGGAGGCGAGAGAGAAAGCAGAAAGAAACAAUACAUAUCUCACACAUCCAACUAUUGCA